GCAGGCCCUCCUCCUCCCCCAAAAAUCCCCGAUAGAUACGCAAUUACGCAUCCUCAUACUUCCCCCCGCCCUAGGAUUUAAUCACCGCCAUUAAACCACUUUUCUGCCUUCACCUUUCUUAUUUAGUCUCAAUUAACAUCACUGCAAAACCAAACCCUACUUUCUCUCUCUCUUUUUUUCCAAUUCAAUACUUCGACAAAAUUCUAAUCUUUUUUUGUCUAUAUAAUUAGGUUUUUCUUUUUCUUUUUCUUUUUCUUUUUCUUAUACACUCUAAUACGCUACUCUUUCGUUUCUCGGCGAACAAAUUUCGCAUAUCGCAACGAACGAAGUUGAUCGGUAUUAAGAUUUACUCAGUUUUCGAUUGGAUUAAUCAAUCUUUGUUUACCACCAAAAGAAAGGGAAUCUACUCAUCUAGGGUUUUGUUAGUUUAGCUGAUUAAGCAGCGAUUUUCGAAUUUGAUUCGAGGGUUUUGGUUUUGGAAUUUGAAUCUUAUCAAAAGAAAGAAAAAAGGUUGAUAAUGGUGGAAAUAAUGGUUGGAUCACCGAACGAUUGAUCGUAACCUAAAAAAAAGGGGUGUGUUUAAAUUGUAUGGAAACUCGGAGUCGGAAGAGGGCGGAGGCAUCCUCAUCAGCCCCUUCUUCAUCCUCUGUUGGACCUACAACUCGUGCUUCGAAACGGUCUCGGUUUUCCUCUUCAUCGUCUUCAACAACAGCUACUCCGGCAACUCGGUCUCGAACUCGGUCUAACGUUAGUGUAACUCCUGCAACAAUGGAUGAAUCAUCCUCCCGUGGCGGCCGAAGGGGGAGAAACCACCAUGGCUCUGAUAAGGACAAUGAUAAGGGUAAAGAGAAGGAACAUGAGAUGGAGAAAGAGAGGGAAAAUGAAAGAGAAAGAGCGUUAGGGUUGAACAUUGAUGAAGAUGACGAUGAUAAUGACAAUGAUGAUAGUGAAGGAGGUGCUGGUGUUGGUCUUUUGCACCAGAAUUUGACCUCUGCUAGUAGUGCACUUCAGGGUUUGCUUCGAAAGCUCGGUGCUGGACUCGAUGAUUUGCUCCCUUCGUCUGCUAUGGGGUCGGCUUCCUCGUCCUCCCACCAGAGUGGAAGGCUUAAGAAGAUUCUUUCUGGAUUGAGGGCUGAUGGUGAGGAUGGGAAGCAAGUGGAAGCUUUGACUCAGUUGUGUGAGUUGCUGUCGAUUGGAACAGAGGAUUCGCUUAGUACGUUCUCUGUGGAUUCGUUUGUUCCUGUGCUUGUUGGGUUGCUUAAUCAUGAGAGUAAUCCUGAUAUAAUGCUUCUUGCCGCGAGGGCUAUUACUCAUUUGGUUGAUGUCUUGCCUUCUUCGUGUGCUGCUGUUGUUCAUUAUGGUGCUGUUAAUUGUUUCUGUGCUAGGUUGUUGACUAUUGAAUAUAUGGACUUGGCUGAGCAGUCCCUGCAAGCACUAAAGAAGAUAUCACAAGAGCAUCCGACUGCGUGUUUACGAGCUGGGGCGCUAAUGGCAGUGCUUUCUUAUCUUGAUUUCUUUUCAACCGGUGUUCAGCGAGUAGCUUUGGCUACUGCUGCAAAUAUGUGCAAGAAGCUCCCUUCGGAUGCUGCUGAUUUUGUGAUGGAAGCUGUUCCUCACCUAACAAACCUCCUUCAGUACCAUGAUGCAAAGGUUCUGGAGCAUGCUUCUGUUUGCCUUACUCGAAUUGUUGAGGCCUUUGCAUCAUCUGCUGAGAAACUUGAUGAGCUUUGCAAUCAUGGUCUUGUUACCCAGGCUGCUUCGCUUAUUUCAACCAGUAAUUCUGGUGGGGGUCAGGCCUCUUUGAGCACGUCUACUUACACCGGCUUGAUCCGACUUCUUGCUACAUGUGCAAGUGGGUCUACUGUGGGAGCCAAGACAUUGCUGCUACUUGGUAUAAGUGGCAUUCUCAAAGAUAUCUUGACCGGAUCUGGACUUGUGGGAAAUAUGUCUGUAUCUCCUGCUCUUAGCAGGCCACCGGAGCAGAUAUUUGAGAUUGUGAACCUUGCAAAUGAGCUGCUUCCUCCCCUUCCGCAAGGAACAAUUUCCCUUCCAGCAAGCUCUAACUUAUUUGUAAGAGGGCCCCUUUUUAAGAAGUCACCAAUGAGCAGUUCUAGCAAGCAAGAUGAGACAAAUGGUAAUGUGCAAGAUGUGUCAGCAAGAGAGAAACUUCUGAAUGAACAGCCUGAGCUUCUGCAGCAAUUUGGAGUGGACCUUCUUCCUGUUUUAAUACAGAUUCAUGGAUCAAGUGUAAACGGCCCUGUUCGCCACAAAUGCCUGUCUGUGAUCGGUAAACUUAUGUUUUUCAGCAAUGCAGAUUUGAUAUCAUCUCUGAAUAGCACGACAAAUAUCUCAAGUUUCCUUUCUGGUGUUUUGGCUUGGAAGGAUCCUCAAGUAUUAGUUCCUGCUCUACAAAUUGCAGAGAUACUGAUGGAAAAACUCCCCGAGACAUUCUCCAAGAUGUUUGUGAGGGAAGGAGUAGUUCAUGCUGUAGAUUCUCUCAUAGCUGCUCCAUCAAGCUCGGUUUCAGCUCACUCUGCUACUCCUGAAAAAGAGAGUGAGUCGACUUUGGGAUCAUCGGGUCGUGCUAGACGUUUAAGGAGAAGAAGUGGAAACCAGCAGCAAGAUGUCAACUCUGUAGAUGAGUUGAAAAAUUCAGUUUCAGUUAGUGUUGGUUCACCUCCAACCUCGGUUGAAAUUCCAACUGUCAGUUCUAAUCUUCGCACAACUGUCAGUGGUUGUGCAAAAUCUUUCAAGGAUAAGUACUUCCCUUCUAAUCCUGGGACUACUGAUGUUGGCAUUUCUGAUGAUCUCUUGCACCUGAAGAAUCUAUGUGCUAGGUUGAAUGCCGGGGUUGAGGAGCAGAAGUCUAAAGUGAAAGGAAAAUCAAAGACUGCUGGAGCUUAUAUAGCAGAUUUAGUCACUGGCAAGGAGGAAAACUUGGUUGGAAUAGUUUCCGAGAUGCUAGGGGAACUAAGUAAAGGGGAUGGUGUUUCUACGUUUGAAUUUAUUGGCAGUGGUGUUGUUGCUGCCUUGCUCAACUAUUUUUCCUGUGGAUACUUUAACAAAGAGAAAAUUUCAGAGGUGAAUCUUCCUAAGCUUAGACAACAAGCACUCAAAAGAUAUAAAUUAUUUAUUUCCAUUGCCCUUCCUACUAGUGGCACAGGAGGGAAUGUAGCUCCUAUGACUGUUUUAGUCCAAAAGCUUCAAAAUGCUCUGUCCUCACUGGAAAGGUUUCCAGUUGUAUUAAGUCAUUCAGCUAGGUCAUCAGGUGGCAGUGCACGGCUGUCAUCAGGUUUGAGUGCAUUAUCUCAACCAUUUAAGUUGCGUCUAUGUAGAGCUUCAGGAGAGAAGUCCCUUCGUGAUUAUUCAAAUACUGUUGUACUCAUUGAUCCAUUAGCAAGUUUAGCGGCUGUCGAAGACUUCCUUUGGCCCCGAGUUCAACGAGGUGACUCUGGGCAAAAGGCUUCAACUUCUGUUGGAAAUUCUGAGUCAGGGCCAUCACCUACAGGAGCUGGUGCUUCAUCGCCAGCAGCCUCAACUCCUGCUACUAGUACUCGCCGCCAGUCAGCCAGAUCCAGAUCAGGUGUAAAUAUAGGAGACACUUCUAGGAAAGAUGCAUCUCAGGACAAAACUAACAGCUCUUCGAAGGGGAAGGGUAAAGCUAUACUAAAACCAGCACCAGAGGAAACAAAAGGUCCUCAAACCAGAAAUGCUGCUCGUAGACGAGCUGCUUCAGAUAAAGAUGCCCAACUGAAAUCACCAGCUGAAGAAUCUAGUUCUGAGGAUGAAGAUUUGGAGAUGUCUCCUGUUGACAUUGAUGAUGCAUUGGUGAUUGAAGAUGAUGAUAUCUCUGAUGAUGAAGAUGAUGACCAUGAUGAUGUACUGAGAGAUGAUUCUCUUCCAGCUUGCAUGGCUGACAAAGUUCAUGAUGUGAAAUUAACCGAUUCUGCUGAAGAAAGUGCUGCUGCUCCUGCAACCAGUGAUAGUCAGAAUAAUCCUGCUUCAGGUUCCAGUAGUAGAGCUGCCACUGUAAGGGGAUCAGAUUCGACAGAUUUUCGGAGUGGGAGUUCAUUUGGUUCCAGAGGGGCAAUGUCAUUUGCUGCUGCUGCCAUGGCUGGGCUUGCUUCUAAUGGCAGGGGUAUUAGGGGAGGAAGAGAUCGUCAUGGACGUCCUCUUGGUGGCUCCAAUGAUCCUGCUAAAUUAGUUUUCUCUGCUGGUGGGAAGCAACUUAACCCAAAUUUGACAAUUUAUCAGGCUAUUCAGCGGCAGCUUGUGACUGAUGAAGAAGAUGAUGAGAGGUACAAUGGCAAUGAUCUCGUCACCAGUGAUGGUAGCAGGCUAUGGAGUGAUAUCUAUACAAUCACCUAUCAAAGGGCAGAAAGCCAGGUUGAGAAGUCCCAUGGGGCUGUGAAUUCUGCCUCUCCAUCAAAGUCCACCAAAUGCGGAUCUGCUCCCAGUUCAAGUGCUGCUGCCUCACACCGUUUACCCCUGGACAGCAUUUUGCAAGGAGAACUUCCCUGUGAUAUGGAGAAAAAUAAUCCAACAUACAAUAUUUUAUCACUGCUACGUGUACUAGAAGGUUUGAAUCAACUUGCACCUCGCUUGAGGGUUCAAACAGCUUCUGAUAAAUUCUCAGAAGGAAUGAUUUUAAGUCUAAAUGAGUUAAGUGUUACUGGAGCUAAGGUUCUUACUUCAGAAUUUGUCAACAGCAAGCUCACCCCAAAAUUGGCUCGACAAAUACAAGAUGCACUUGCACUAUGCAGUGGCAGCCUGCCGUCCUGGUGCUACCAGUUGACUAAAGCAUGUCCCUUUUUGUUUCCUUUUGAAACUCGCCGGCAGUUUUUCUAUUCAACUGCCUUUGGAUUGUCUAGGGCCUUAUAUCGUUUGCAGCAACAGCAAGGUGAGGGUCAAGGGUCUAAUGAAAGAGAAGUUCGAGUUGGGAGGUUACAGCGCCAGAAGGUUCGUGUAUCAAGAAAUCGCAUUUUAGAUUCAGCAGCCAAAGUUAUGGAAAUGUAUUCUAGCCAGAAGGCGGUCCUUGAAGUAGAGUAUUUUGGUGAGGUUGGGACAGGAUUAGGUCCGACAUUGGAGUUUUACACCCUUUUAAGUCAUGAUUUGCAGAAAGUGGAUUUGGGAAUGUGGAGGACGAAUUGUUCAUUUGAUAAGUCUUCUGCAGAAUUUGGUACUAAUGACCAGAGCAAAGAUGGGAAAUCUGAAGACGCCUCAGGAUUGAGUAAUGUGGCUAAUGCAAAUCUUGUUCAUUCCCCGCUUGGAUUGUUUCCUCAACCGUGGCCGCCAAGUGCCGAUGCGUUAGAGGGUAGCCAUUUUAGCAAAGUUAUUGAACAUUUCCGAUUGCUUGGACGAGUCAUGGCCAAAGCUCUUCAAGAUGGGAGGCUUUUGGAUCUGCCAUUAUCAACUGCUUUUUUCAAGCUUGUGCUUGGACAGGAACUUGAUUUACAUGAUAUCCUCUCAUUUGAUCCUGAGGUUGGCAAAACUUUACGAGAAUUACAAGCCUUAGUUUGCAGAAAGCAAUAUUUAGAAUCAAUAGGUGGUGAUCAUCCAGAUGUAAUAGCUGAGCUGUGCUUUCGUGGAACUCCAGUUGAGGAUCUAUGUUUGGAUUUUACACUUCCUGGAUAUCCGGAUUACGUCUUGAGACCAGGGGAUGAAAAUGUGGAUAUCAAUAAUUUGGAGGAUUACAUAUCAUUGGUAGUGGAUGCCACAGUUAAGACGGGAAUUACAAGGCAAAUGGAAGCUUUUAGGGCAGGAUUUAACCAGGUCUUCGACGUCACCUCCUUACAGAUAUUUUCUCCAGAUGAGCUUGAUUGCUUGCUUUGUGGUCGUAGAGAGCUGUGGCAGCCUGAGAUGCUUGUUGAUCACAUUAAAUUUGAUCAUGGAUACACAGCCAAAAGCCCUGCAAUAGUUAAUUUGCUUGAGAUUAUGGGCGAAUUCACACCAGAUCAGCAACGUGCUUUUUGUCAAUUUGUCACCGGUGCUCCACGUCUUCCACCAGGUGGUUUGGCUGUGCUGAACCCCAAGUUGACUAUUGUGAGGAAGCAUUCUUCCACUGCAACCCCAGCUUCAAAUGGAACAGGCGCUUCAGAAACUGCAGAUGAUGAUUUACCAAGUGUCAUGACUUGCGCUAAUUACCUCAAGCUUCCUCCUUACUCAACAAAGGAGGUUAUGUACAAGAAGUUGCUCUAUGCUAUCAAUGAAGGACAAGGAUCGUUUGAUUUGUCAUGAGUCGUGAGGGGUCUUCAUGUUAUCAGAACGAGGUUUGUAUGGCUACAGACAUUCUUACUUGGGCUGAAUAUGUUCUUUGAAGUAGAUCAUGUAUUGUGCUGAAAUAAUGCCUUUGCGAAAGCGGUGGCAUAUAGGUUUUUCUUAUUUUGAAACUUUUGGAGACGGCCUGGUUGAAUUUUGGGGUUCGUUUAGGUAUUUGGAACAUGUUUAUGAUCUGUAGUACAUUUUGUAUAUAAUUCCUCCUCUAACCUCACACAUAUAGAUUCAGGUGGUCUUCUGAGUUUCUUGCUGUUUUCGAUCGCUAAAGCAAUCAUCUUUUCAGUAGUACCAAGUAUAUCUACCCAAUUUCAGUUGCUAAGGAAAUUGUUUUAGGUGAAUUUUAUUUGGAGCGGCGGCUUUGGAUGGAAUGAAUGGGGGUUAAGUUCUUUUGUUGUCGCUUUCAGGCAUGUACAUAUUAGUUUUAAUGCUUUGAUAUUUUCCUACAUUUUCCGGAACACUUAAUGUAUUCUAGACUAUGAGUAGGAAAUAAUCUGUUCUCAAAUGAUCUCUUAUAAUUAUUCAUUUGAUCUUUUAUGAUA